AUGGCGACGAUAUUCCUUGUGUUGGCGUUAUAUCUCACGUCGUGCACAUGUCAGUUUACGGAUGAAAUGCAGUCCUACGACCCCGAAUGUCUGUAUGAUGAAGUGUUCCACUGCCUUGGCGGUGGUUGUGUCUCGCAGGCCAAGUAUUGUGAUGGAAACUUCGACUGUGAUGAUGGCAGUGAUGAGAAUUUUUGUUCGGACCACCUCCCCGACGAGCAGCUCUGCAAUCAGACCCACCAGUACAUGUGUGUGGAUAAGAAGCGUUGCAUCCCCGAUGUGUGGGUGUGCAACAACUACACCGAUUGUGAUGAUGGGAGCGAUGAAGUCAAUUGCACUACACUGCCGGAGCCGGAUAAGAAUUCAACUUGCAAGGGUUUUGUGUGUGACGGGAAGCGGUGUAUCUCGAACCUGUGGACAUGCGAUGGCACUUACGACUGCGACGAUCGGACUGAUGAGGAUAUCGAGAAAACUUGCAGGCAUGCACUUCUUCCCCAUACUGUUAACGAUGGUCUUGCUUGCCGGGAGUUCACAGGAUUGGGUCCUAGAAGCUACAAAUGUCUGGAUUACUCGUUCUGUCUAUCACAGGACCAAAUGUGCGAUGGUAUUAAGGACUGUAGGGAUGGCAGUGAUGAGGGAACGUUUUGUGAUAAGUGGCACACAAUGUGUUCGAACUUCACGUGUGGUGGCAACAACACCGCCUGUAGUCCAGAGCGUGACGGCCCGGUUUGUGUCUGCUUGGUGUCCAACUCUUUGCAGCAGUAUAACUACACAACGCAUCAGUGCGAGGACGUGAACGACUGCCAACAAGCCAGGCCGCAGUGUUCGCAUUCGUGCGAGAACAAAAAUGGACACUUCGUGUGCCAGUGCGACCACGGCUACGUGAAGGACGCACUGGGCUAUCUCUGCUACGCACCAGGACCAGAAGCGUUGCUGUUCUUCAGCACGCGCAAUGACAUCAGAUACGUCACAAUAAAGUCGAAGCAGCAAGUCACCAUUAUUUCUGAAAUUAAACAGGCUCACGGCGUUUCUUACGACGGCAGACAUUUGUACUGGGUGGAGACAGAGCAAGGCCACCAGUCUAUAGUCAGGGCUCAGCUGGACAACAUACACAAUUCUAAGCAAGUAUUAGUAGGGUUGGGCUUGGAGGAGCCCGGCGACAUCGGCGUGGACUGGCUGGGCGGGAACAUCUACUUCAGCGACGCGGAGCGCGGGAACAUAUUCGUGUGCCACGACGACGGCUCCUUUUGCGCCACCAUACACACGGAGACCAGUCAUCCCAAAUUCCUCACAUUGGAUGUGAAGCACGGACUUAUGUACUGGGCAGAUUGGCACAACCGUGCAGUCAUCAUGCGGGCUCGGAUGGAUGGCACACAACCGGAAGUCCUGGUAGACAGCCUUCAAAACUUCGCCACUGGCCUGGCCAUAGACGUGCCCAAUGACCGCUUGUAUUUUGUCGAUAAAACUAUCAAAGUUGUCAAGAUCGACGAUAAGAAAGUCUAUUCUUUAUUCGAGGAACCGUUCCAUCACCCAUACGCAAUAGCGGUGUUUGAGAACACGGUGUUCUGGAGCGACUGGACAUCCAACACUUUGCAAACCACGGACAAGCUACACAGCAGCUCAGAGAAGAGGAACGUACUGUUGUCUUUGGACGGGCCUGUUUUUGACAUGCACCUGUAUCAUCCAUUGAUGUUCAACCGCACGUCGAACCCGUGCGAGCACGCGAGCUGUUCACACUUGUGCCUAGUCACUUCUAAUGUGACGCAUGUCUGCGCCUGUCCCGAUGGAAUGGAGUUCGUGGCUGGAGUUGGUUGCAAACACCCUAUCGACUAUCGUCCGCAAUACCUGGUGAUCGGCGGCGGAGCUUCGUUUACUCGCAUCGAGUACAACACCUUGGGCAACCCUGAGAGCCACGCCACGUACUUCGAUAUCGGCCGGGUACAGGCGAUGGCUUAUGACAACGUUAGAGAUGUAUUGUACGUGUACGACGGGCAGCGUAAGAGCAUCAACUACAUCAGUAUGAGCGACUUCAGUUUGGGCCUAACGCAUUUGUUUAUUUACUAUGGCUUGGAAAACGUCGUUGAUAUGGCAUACGAUUACGUAACCGACUCGUUGUACAUCUUGGACUCCGGUCGCCGCAUCAUAGAAGUGGUGUCCUUGAGAACCAACCAGACGGCACUGCUGUACCGAUUCCGGGACGACGAGAUACCCGUUAGUCUGUGUAUUAUGUCAGAUUAUGGGAGAAUGCUGGUAGCUAUAGUGGAAAGUGAACAAAGCAGCGAAAUCUACGUGGACAGCGUCGGUCUGGAUGGAGAAGACAGGAAGCAUCUUAUAUUGAAUAAUUUAAUGGGUCCGUACGUGCGAUUGCGUUACGCACAAAAUAUGGACGUGGUGUUCGUUUCUGACGAGGGACUUGGAGUCAUCGAUUUUGUACAUCCUCAAGGAACCGGCAGGGAGAAUUUCCGAGAGCUAUCUACUACCAUAGCGAGCCUGGCGGUAACGGAUAACUACGUGUUCUGGACGGACAGGCGAACGUCGAAAAUAUUCUGGUCGGACAUUCACGAGGUCACACAUAAGAUACGGCGAAUCGAACUUUCGAUAUUCCCCAUCAACAGUCAGCUACACAUCGUGGCGACCACUGCUGCACCGAGCGCCGACAGCCCGCUGCUGCAGCACCCCUGCAUCUCGCGCGGCGCCUGCUCGCACGCCUGCGUCCAGCGCCCCCACCCCCCGCCGCACCACGCGCCCAACAACUUCACCAUGGACUACCGCUGCCUCUGCCCGCCCGGCCUGCUGCUCAACGGCACGAAUUGUACCACAGUCGUCAGCUGCAAGGAGGACGAGUUCUACUGCCAUAGAACUAACCACUGCUUUUUGAUGAGCCGCAAGUGUGAUGGGAAGAAAGACUGCCUUUAUGGAGAAGAUGAGGAAGGUUGUGAUGUUGCAGAGGAAAUCGGAACUGGCACGUGUUCCUCACAGGAAACGCUGUGUAACGGUGUUUGCGUUAGCAAAAACGCAAUUUGCAAAAAUGAACCCGCUUCGAAUACGUCUACCACAACAUGUAGCCCAACAGAAUUCCUGUGCACGAAUGACUCCAUUUGUAUCGAGCACUCCCUGGUCUGCGACGGUCAUGUGGACUGUCCAGAUGGCACCGAUGAGCAGCCCGCUUCUUGCGACACCAUGUCCUGUUUCGUGACAGAGUUUAUGUGCGCGUCCGGUUCGUGCAUUCCUAUCAACUGGCGGUGUGACGGCAGCGAAGAUUGUGUAGACGGCUCUGAUGAAGUCGACUGCGUGAACAAAACCUGCAGCCCUGGUAACUUCCAGUGUUUUAAUGGCGAUUGUAUCGAUCUGAGUAAACGCUGUAACCAGGAGCCAGACUGCUCUGACCAUUCGGACGAAGAUGGUUGCGAAAUGACUGAGGGGUUCGAGGCUAUGGAGGAGCAACCGCAGUGCCAACCUUGGGAAUACACUUGCGAGCGCAACAAAAGCAUUUGCUUACCGCUUACUGCCCGAUGCAACGCAAAAGUGGAGUGUCCCGGCGGCACGGACGAAGACGGCUGCGACUUUCGCUGCGCGCCGCACGGACUGUUCGAGUGCAAGCAGGAACUGACGUGCGUCGCUAAGAAAAGAGUGUGCGACGGGAAAAACGACUGCCUGGACGGAUCUGACGAGACACCCGAUGCAUGUCACAAGGUGAACAAGAACGUAACGUGGCACGGCGUCGCGUCGUACCCGGCAGCGCAGUGCCGCAGCGGAUUCCUGUGCGACAACGGGCAGUGCGUUGAGUGGAGCGACGUGUGCGAUGGCACACCUAACUGCUUCGACGGUACCGACGAGAACGGACUGUGUGCGGUGGGGUGCUCGUCACACAACUGCGCGCAAGUGUGCCGGGCCACGCCGCGCGGGUUCCAGUGCGAGUGCGCCGCGGGCUACCGCUUGCUACCGGGCGGCGGCUGCCAGGACGUGGACGAGUGCGCGCGCGACGUGUGCUCGCAGCGCUGCCACAACGUGCUAGGCUCCUUCGUGUGCGCCUGCCACCAUGGAUACGCGCUCAGGUCGGACCGUCGCUCGUGCAAGGCCACCCGCGGCACUAUGUCGGUUCUGUACGUGUUCGGCAACGCUGUCCGUUCCAUCUUCCCUGACUACAAGGUCCGCCUUGAGUACCACAACGCUGCAAUCGCCACCAUCAGCGACCUCGACAUCAACGUCAGAAAGAACUUGCUGUACGUGGCAUCAGCACCAUCUGAGAAACUCAUAGAAGUGAACGCAACCCGUGACGAUAUAACCAUUACUAAUAUUGGACGACCAACCAAGGUCGCUGUGGACUGGAUAACAGGAAACGUGUACUUCGUAGACAGCACACCAUCGGCUAGCUGCUUCAGGGUGUGUAACGUUCAGAAAAAGAGGUGUGCCAAGUUACAGAAGCUGCCUUCUGAUGCGCAAGUGACGUCACUGGUGAUAGAUCCGAGCGCGCGGCGCAUGUUCUACUGCGUGCGGCGCGCGCAGGAGUCGAACGUGCGGGCUGCGUCGCUGGCGGGACGACUGGCGCGCGAUGUGCGCUCGCUGCGCGACUGCAGCGGGCUCGCUGUGGACACGUUCGCGCAGCGCCUCUACGUCGCCGAGACCGCGCCGUCGCACCUGCUGCGCAUGGACUACGACGGGAACGAUGUCAAAACGAUUCUCUCCAACGACCGAAACCUACAGGCACCACACGGCCUCGCAAUUUUUGAGGACUCGAUUUUCUUCCUCAGCGCGAACACGUUCAAACUUAGCCGCUGCCUUCUCCACGGUUCCAAAACCUGUGAACCGUAUCUGUACCUUAGGUCUGACGCCAACACUUUCGCGUUACGACACGAGAGUGUUCAACGAGACGACAUCAUGAACGACUGCGAAAACUUUGUUUGUUCCAAUGUUUGCGUGUUGGACGAAUCCGGACCGCUGUGUAUUUGCGACGACGGAGCGAUUUCCACAGAUGGCACCUGCCCUCUCUUGAAGCAGAGCCAGCUGCCGCUGUUCAACGGCUGGUCGCAACAGGACUACGUCCGCGCGAGCCACUUCUCCUACACGCUGGUGAUCAUCGUGCUGCUUCUGUUCGCCGCGUACCUCUGUCUCUUUCUGUAUUACCACUUCGUGCGUCGACCGUCCAAAGACCGUGCUGGGGAAUACAUGCAAGUGAGAUAUGAAAACAACGCAUCAGGGGGUAUAACGCAACUAGGGCUGGACAACCCUGUCAUCGAAAUGCCCACAGCAGGCGGAAUAGCACAUGAAUUUGUCAACCCGCUACAGUUUGUCAGAGAUGUCUGGAGACAGUCCUUCAACAAGUCCAGUCGACCUGUUGGAACAGCUGGUUUAGUAUUUGAAACACCCGAACCACAAGACUUCUCUGAUACGGAAUCUGAUAUGGAUGUUAGAGAAACUAAAAGAAUCUUUAGAAAUUAG